AUGAGAACCUCUGAGACUUGUAAAACAAAUGAUAUGAAGAGAUCUAAGAGCACUCAUGAUUAUAAGUUCUUAAAAAAUAAACAUUUUCCUUGUAUAAAGGAAUAUGUGAUCAAUCAAUUAAUUGUACCUUACAAUGGUGGUGUACAUCCUACAUACUUCACAGAUGCUACAUGUUUGACCGCGGAUCAAAUUAUUGAUAUUUGUAAUAAUGUGUUUGUUAAUCAUGACCUCGAACAACUAGACAAUAGUCAAACAACAAUUGAAUAUAUUAUGACAUUUUUUAAAGAUAUUGCAUCAUGGAACGUCAAGCAAUAUUCAUUUAAUGGAAAUAAAGUUUACAAAUUGGUAAAAGGAGGCAAUGUUAAUGCUUAUGAUGGCAGCGCUGCUGGUGUAUGUGAUAAUACAAGUUUACAAGUAAAUCAAGCAACCUUUGAUAGGAAAUGUUAUGAUGUUGAGAUGGCGUAUCAGCAGAAUAUUAAACGACUACAAGAUCGUCUGGAGUCGGUAGUAGAUGAUAAUGGUUUAUUAAAAAAGACUGUGGGUAACCUUUUGGAUCUCCUCAGGAAUGAUAAGAAUCCCUCAGGUCGAUCUUUGGGAUACUUUAAUGCAACAAUGUUUGGUCAAAUGUUUAACAUUUCAUGUACUUUGGACUACCAGCUUAAGAGUACAGUCAGCUUUGAAGAUAUCGUGGCAAUACCUAGAGAUUUAUUUAUAGAGUUGUGUACUUCAUUUAAUAUUGGCACCAGGGCGUUCCCCGCGUAUCCUGACCUGCGUCUACCAUCAAACUUUAAAUUUUGCAAAGGUAUAACAAAUAUUAAUUAUGUAAAGUUUGGAGUAUGGGUAUUUGGAGAACAUGUGGAAACGACGCAAAGUCGUUAUCUAGAUGUAUUUGAUCUUUGUAAUUUUAAAUAUACUGCUUGCCGAAAUCAAGGAGUUGUAGAAGAGUCAAGUGGCAAUACGUGCAAUUUGUGCAAGUCAUUGUAUAACUUAUUUAGCAAUAGAGUCUCUGAUUUGCACAAAUGCACCAAACAAUCCUCAUCAACUGAUGAGUUGGUUAAAAGGUCAGAGAGGCUGGACCCAGAAUACUUUGAACAUUUUAAUGGUUUGUUUGUGAUGAACCAAGUUCGAAAUUAUUGCCAAAUAUCGAAAGGCAAAGGUAUUGGGACCCUACAGUUCGAUGAGUGUACCAAGGAUAUUGCCGAAUCACUUUAUUUUGUUAGUGGUCAAGCCGUAUUGGAUCUUGUUCGUGGAUGUAUGGCAUCGUACUCUAGCUCAUCAAACUAA